AUGACGAAGACAACUGCGAAACCCAACAUGAUCUCUUUUGACGCGAAGCCAUACGCCUUUUCUAUUCCCCUGGAUCACACUGCAUUGCUCAUCAUAGAUAUGCAGCGCGACUUCUUACUCCCUCAAGGAUUCGGUGAGAUCCAGGGUGGAAACUUGGAAGCAGUUCAAGCUUCCAUUGCGCCCACCAAACAACUCUUAGACGCAUGUCGAAGCACAGGCAUGGCCAUCGUUCAUACACGCGAGGGCCACAAACCGGACCUCUCAGACUGCCCUUCAUCAAAAUUCACUAGGCAAGAAGCAGCGCCUGGCAACACCCAGCACAAACUAGUUAUUGGCGACAAGGGAGGACUGGGUCGCCUGCUGACCAGAGGAGAAUACGGCCACGACAUUAUCGAUGAGUUGAAGCCGCUGCAUGGCGAAGUAGUCAUAGACAAGCCUAGCAAAGGCUCGUUCUGGAACACGCCCAUCCUACAUCAGCUCAAAGCGCGAGCCAUCACAUAUUUGAUCGUAUCGGGCGUCACUACAGAGUGCUGCUUCGCUACAACCAUUCGAGAAGCAAACGACCGCGGCUUCGAAUGCUGUGGCAUCGAGGAAGCAACUAGUGGAUACAAUGAUGCAUGCUUUAAGAAGCCAACAUUAGACAUGAUCCACUGGAAUGGUCUUUCACCCCUGACAGUCGUCGAAGCAGUCUACGGUAAAAUCGAAGCAUACAAAAAGAUUGAUCCAGCAGUAUGGAUCCACCUCCAACCCUUCGAAUCCGCUCUAGAAGCCGCUCGAGAUUUAAUUACUAAAUUCCCCAAUCGAACCGCUCUCCCCCCUCUCUUCGGCAUCCCCUUCAGCGUCAAAGACAGCAUCGACAUCGCAGGUCUCCCCACCACAACCGCCUGCCCACCCCUCGCCCACAUCCCCUCCACUUCUGCGGUCGUCUACGAAAAAGUCAUUUCCCAAAGCGCCCCCUUCAUCGGCAAAACAAACCUCGACCAACUCGCCACAGGCCUAGUCGGCUGCCGCAGUCCCUACGGCACUCCCCACUCCGUCUACCACCCCUUCUACAUAAGUGGCGGCUCCAGCAGCGGCAGCGCCGUCUCCGUAGCCGCAAACCUUGUCUCCUUCUCCCUGGCCACCGACACUGCAGGUUCUGGGCGCGUCCCCGCGGGUCUAAACGGCAUCGUCGGCUUCAAACCCACACGCGGCACUAUCUCCUUCCGCGGCAUAGCGCCCGCCUGCUUAUCCCUCGAUUGCAUAGCUCUCGCUAUAAAAACCGUCCCGGAUGCCCGAAUACUUUGGCAGAUCUUGGAAAGCUACGCCGCCCUAGAUCCCUACUCGAAACCAGCACUAGCAUUCGAACGCCACAUCAACAGCAUCGGCCCUCAAUCUUCAACCUUCAAAUUCGGUAUUCCGCCGCAAGAAGCGCUGGCCGUUUGCUCCGCCCCAACACGUCGGUUGUUCAACGACACGGUAUCGAAACUCCGAGCGCUCGGCGGCGUCCUCACACCGAUAAACUGGUCGCCCUUCCAAAAAGCAGGGGAGCUACUGUACGAAGGAACUUUCGUAUCCCAGCGCCUCGCCUCUCUUCCUGAUGACUUUCUCGAGAAAAACAGAGCGGGAUUGCAUCCCGUUACCGCACAGCUAAUGGAUGCCGUGACGCAGAGAAAGAGCUCGGCGGUAGAUGCAUAUCGCGAUUUACAAGCCAAAGCACUGUAUACGCGGCAGGUAGAGGACGUGUUUGCGUAUUCGGCGCAAGGAAUCGAUAUGCUUGUUGUGCCGACGACGCCGACGCAUUGGCGAAUUGACGAGGUGCUGGAGGAUCCGAUUGGGAAGAAUAGUGUGCUAGGCGAGUUUACGCAUUGUGGGAAUGUGCUGGAUUUGCGUGGGGUUGCGGUGCCGGCGGGGGAGCAUUUGAUUAGGGAGUUGAAUGGGCGGGAGGAGGAUGAGGGUGUGUUGCCGUUUAGUGUGACGUUCUUGAGUGGAUCGAGGUUGGAUGCCGAGAUGCUGGAGAUUGCGAGGCGGUUUGAAGAAAGUGUGUGCGGGUAGGAAUUUGGCAAUAUCAGUAUUCACUUGAAACAUUGUGUCAUAAAAGUGUGGGACGUAGAGUGUGAACAAGUAUCGUAGUAUCAUAGCCUAUCAAUUGCGACCCUGUACAGGAUCAAUGUUGUACACAAAAGAAG